UUUUUUUUGUUUUGGGGAUCCACAACAACAACCAGAAGAAGAAGAAGAAGAAGAGGAGAAAGCAGCAAGAAUUCAUCCUUCUUGGGAGUUGGAUUUGGAUCUUCAACUGCCGCUGAAAGUCUUGAGAUACUGUUGUUAUCGUGACAGAUACACGGGGAGAAGCGGAAAAGCCCAAGACUCGAUUAUUCAAAACGAUAAUAGGACUACAAAAUGGAUGAAGCAGAAAUGUCAAGAUAUUGGUGUCACGCCUGCUCUCGAGUUGUGAGUCCGAUCAUGGAGAUUGAGACAAUUAAAUGCCCCAUCUGUCAAGGUGGAUUUGUCGAGGAAAUGUCCACCGCGGGAAACGAAGCCCCACUUGAUUUUGGAGGCUCUGCCUCCGAUUCAGAUCGCGCUCUCUCCCUCUGGGCUCCAAUAUUACUUGGCAUGAUGAGCAACCCACGUCGUCGCCGCAGAUUCAGACGUCUAGAGUUUGAGGACGAUGAUCACGACGACGAUUAUGAUCAUGAUGGUGAAUUAAAUAGCAAUAACCAUCACCAUCACCAUCACCAUCGCCAUCGCAAUGAGGGGGAGGAGACAGAGCUGGAUCGUGAACUAGAAUCAAUCAUUCGAAGGAGGAGGAGCAGCUCGGCCACUGUUCUGCAGCUUCUCCAGGGUAUUCGAGCUGGCAUGUCAUCUGAGUCAGACAACUCUAGAAAUGAUGUCAGGCCCCCUAGAGAUAGAGAAAUCAGGGACGGGGAGCGCGUGAUUCUGAUCAAUCCCUUCAAUCAGACCAUCAUUGUACAGGGUUCAUAUGAUUCCAACAGUAGUGACUCUCAGAACCAGCCGUUUGGCUCCUUGGGUGAUUAUUUUGUUGGUCCUGGUUUAGACUUGCUGCUGCAGCAACUGGCAGAGAACGAUCCAAACAGAUAUGGGACGCCACCAGCUCAGAAAGAGGCUGUGGAAGCCAUGCCAUCCGUGACAGUUGAGGAAACUUCACAAUGUUCUGUUUGUUUGGAAGACUUUGAGAUUGGUGCUGAAGCAAAAGAGAUGCCUUGUAAGCAUAGGUUCCAUAUUGGGUGUAUUCUACCGUGGUUGGAACUUCAUAGCUCGUGCCCUGUUUGUCGCUAUCAGUUACCUUCAGAUGAAUCAAAACUGGAGUCAAGGGUGUCUAGGAAUGGUAGCAAUAACAAUGAUGCAGGAGGCAAUAAUGCUGCCGCUAGUGGAAGUGAAGGUGGAGAAGGGGGUGGAAGGAGUGAAAAUACAAGACGCUUCUCUCUACCACUUCCGUGGCCUUUUAGCAGUUUGUUUUCAUCCGGCAAUGGUAAUUCAUCUUCAACACCUGAGUCAUCCAAUAAUACAUCCCAACGUAGUUCUGAGACAAAUGAUAACUAAGUUUGUGAUUAUAAUCUUUAUUAUCAGAUGUAUGGCCUUUAUGUUGCUUGGAUUUCUCUCUCUUUUUCCCUUUUUGUACAUAAACCGCCACCCUGUUAAUUAAUUGUGAACAUGUGAGUAUAUUUCGUUUUUAUAUGCUAUAGUAAUUUAUCUGGAGGAUUUAUCUGGA